ACGGAGAGACCGGUUCUUACCCUUUUCCUAUCCACUGAAUGUCAAAACGAUGUAACAAGAAUUCAGAAAUUUGUGUAGCCAAUCAUUUUCACUAGUCUUUCCAGAGUCUUUUUCCCAGACUCUCUCAUAAACAAACUGAAUACAUAGUUACAUACAUACAUAUAUCUUUGACAUUUUACACCACGAUUUGAAAAUUUUUCAUAUCACAUCAAAUAUAUUCCGAUUCCUCUUAAAUAUCGUCCUAGAAUCUCUCUCCCUCAACUGAAUCUCUUUAUCUUGUUUUCUAAGAUUCGUUACCACUGAAUCUGAGGUAGCCAUGGUUGACGGUGAACCUCCACCGCGUCUUCAGGGAAAAUUUACUGCAACAGUGGUUUGUUGGCUUCUUGGCAAUGGAGUUCUUUUCUGUUGGAAUAGUAUGCUCACAAUUCAAGAUUACUAUGUUUCUUUGUUUCCGAAUUACCAUCCCGCUAGAGUUCUUAGUCUUGUAUAUCAACCAUUUGCAUUUGGAACACUAGCAAUACUAGCUUAUAACGAGGCGAAAAUCAAUACAAGGCAGCGGAAUCUAUUCGGAUUCGCGCUCUUUUUCUUCGGCGUUUUGGCUGUGUUAAUUUUGGACUUAGCAACAUCUGGUAAAGGAGGGAUUGGAACUUACAUUGGCAUAUGUAUGGUUAGUGGUGUGUUUGGAAUAGCAGAUGCUAAUGCACAAGGUGGAAUGAUUGGAGAUUUGUCCUACAUGCAUCCGGAACUUCUUCAGUCUUUCCUUGCUGGUGAAGCAGCAUCGGGCGCGCUAACAUCUGCUUUGAGGUUAAUUACCAAAGCUGCAUUUGAUAAUUCUCAGGACGGUCUUCGCAAAGGAGCAAUUCUGUUCUUUUCUAUAUCAACAUUCUUUGUGCUUCUUUGUCUUGUUCUCUAUGGAUUUGUAUUUCCUAAACUACCAAUUGUGAAGUACUACCGAUCAAAAGCAGCGUCUGAAGGGUCAAAAACUGUUUCUUCCGACCUUGCUGCAGCUGGCAUUCAUUCUGAAACCGGAGAAUCAAGACAAUUUGAGCGCAAGGAAAAUAAAGAAUUGUUAAUGGAAAACAUUGAUUAUGCACUUAAUUUGUUUAUGAUAUAUUUGUUGACAUUGUCGAUAUUCCCUGGAUUCUUAACAGAAGAUACCGGAAAACACAGUUUAGGCACAUGGUAUGCUCUUGUUUUAAUUACAAUGUACAAUGUGUGGGAUCUUAUCGGAAGAUACAUUCCGCUGAUUAAAAUCCUGGAUUUGGAGUCGAGAAAGUUGAUCACUACCGCGUGCAUUUCUCGAUUCUUACUUAUUCCUGCAUUUUAUUUCACUGCAAAAUAUGGUACUCAGGGUUGGAUGAUAUUGUUGACAUCUUUCUUGGGAUUAUCUAAUGGUUACCUUACUGUUUGUGUUCUCACUGCUGCACCCAAAGGUUACAAGGGACCUGAACAAAAUGCCUUGGGAAAUCUGUUGGUAUUGUUUCUUCUUGGAGGUAUUUUUGCUGGGGUGACACUUGACUGGUUGUGGUUAAUAGGCAAAGGAUGGUGAGAUGAGAAGUGAGAUCUUGAUCAAGAUAAUUCCAGUUUUGGUCAAUUUUAUCACAAUUCUUUGAGGUUCUUGCUAACUCAUGCCACUUAUUGUAACCAAUUAUAAUUAAUUAACAAUCUUAUGUUACAUUCUAAUCUUUGGUGCUC